UCGAACAUCGUCGUGGUAGAUAUAAUAUUUUUAAUAAAGUGUGUGAAUAUAUUAUAUUCUUCCAAGAUUGCAAACUUCCAAAGCAUUAAUUUGCUGCAGUUCAUUUUUAAAACAACAUAUAGUUUUAAUUAAUAUAAUUUUCCAAUUAACAUUCUGUUUCGAAAUAUUCGGAUGAAUUAUUACCAGGAAAUUAUAUUUUAAAUAUUAAAUAUAAUGGUUUUACUGAUGACGUCUUUAGAAUUUUCGACAUGAAAAAAAAAACUGCUUGGUAGCUGCUACUCAUUUUCAUAUAAUAGGCGCCCGACAAAUGUCGAAAUCAUGUUGGGAUCAAAAGUAUUUAUACUCAGGAGCAACCUUUAACAUAUCUAUAGGAUGUUAUCAAUGCACGGCUUUGUCAAAUAUGCCAUUGCGAAAUACGGAAGAAAAUAAGUACAAUAUGUUAUGGACACACUUUGAUACCACACCUGCAAUGUCGCCGUAUCUUGCAACAAUAAUUGUGUCCAAUUACUUAACACGUAUUGAUAAUAAUACUCAACAUAUUCAAAUAUGGUGCAGAAACGAAACUGUAUUUCACAUGGAAUUUGCAAAAAAUGUAGCUGAAAAUAUCACGUUGUUCUAUAAAAAUAAAUGGAAACAACAUUCGAACAAUAUUUCGAAUGUGACUCAUGUUGCAAUACCAAAUUUCCCUGAUAAUGACAUAACAGUUUUGGGACUUGUUUUUUAUAACGAAAUGGAUAUCGUUUACGAUAAAAAUUUAUAUCCUGUUGCUCACAAAAUCGAAGUAAUUCAAUUAGUAGGACAUAAAGUGACACAGCAUUGGUUUUAUAAUCUGAACAAUCCAUUUAAAUUGGCUUGGUUUAAUAAAGCUCUUACUACAUUGCUUGCAACGUAUACUGUCAAUGAGAUUUAUCCAGAUAAUCGAAUAAUAAAUUUAUUUGUUGUUCAAAAUCAACAUACUUCUUUUAUUUGGAUGAUUAUGAUAUGUGGAAUUCUACUUCACAAGAUGACAGUUUAUUGAAAAUUCGCGCUUCCAUCAGAGCACCCUUUAUAGUGCGCAUGAUAGAAUACGCCGUCACCAAAGUAAUAUUUUGGAAUAGCAUUCGAUCAUAU